CUAACAUUAAAUACACUUCAUCCACCCCAAAUUCUCCUGCACUUAAUGUAGUCAAUCUUUAACUUUUUCUUCCUUUCCAUUAAUGGCAGCUGAGUUCUCCCCGACACAUGAUGUUGAUUCCGCUUCCGAUGUCGAUUCCUCCGCUGUCCCCUUGCCGCCGGUUGGAGAUGUUCUUUUUGCUUUCAGCACCCCUGAAACAGUUCAUUCAAACCGUAUAUGCGGUAUACAAACAAAAGAUGAAAGAAGGAAAAAGAUUGUUGAUGGAAUUCUACAAAAGUUUAACAACGGCAAACUUCAGAAAGGCUUAAUUAAGGCAGUGGCUGCUCAGUUUAACAUGUCACGGCGCUGGGUUGGAGAGCUAUGGAGAAUUGCUAAAGGUCAAUUGGUGAGGGGCCAAGCUAUAAAUGUUCAAUGCAGGUGGCAGGGUAAUGCAGGAAAGAAGCCUAAGGACAAUGCAAAACCACAUGUUGAUAUCAAUGACCCAGAAUUUGUGAGUGCUGCCAAGGAAGGUGAUUGGGAUAUUCAAUUACAGUAUCAACUCCCAAACAGUCUAGAUUUGAAUGUGCUUGACCUGGGGUUCUUUAGGGCUAUUGAUGCAAUUCAGGACAAAACUGCACCAAAGACACUGGGUGAUUUGAUUGUUAAUGUUCAAACAGCUUUUGACCAGCUCACCCCACAAAAACUAAACCAUGUCUUCUUAACUUAUUAGCUGGUCAUGGGUGAGGUCUUGAAGCAUAAAGGGGGAAAUGACUU